UCUAGCAAACCAGCACAGCCAUCCAGAUCUACAAGGUCAUUUAAUGAGAUGUUCACAACCACAGCUUCCCCACAAGGGCAGGCCCCAUCUCCAGAGUGGUCAGUUAAUCAGGUCCUAGUCCGGCCAUUUGUAGAAGUUUCAUUUCAGCGUACUGUAUGUCAGACCUCAACAGCCGAUGGACCAAAUCCAAACUGGAAUGAAGAAUUGGAACUGCCAUUUAGAGCUCCUAAUGGUGAUUACAGCACAACUAGUUUACAGGCAGUCAAAGAUGAUGUUUUCAUCAAUGUGUUUGAUGAAGUCUGCUUUGAUAUUUUAGAGGAUGACCGAGAGAGGGGAAGCGGCGUUCAUACACGAGUUGAGAGACACUGGCUUGGAUCUAUCCGAAUUCCAUUUACUACAAUUUAUUUCCAAUCCAAAAUUGAUGGAACAUUCCGGAUUGACACUCCCCCGGUACUUCUAGGAUACAGCAAACAGCGCAACUUGGGAAAUGAUGGAGGCUAUGAAUCAGUCCGAAGCCUGAGCCAAGGCUCCUUCCUAACCCUCUUUAUUACCAUUGAGCCUCAGCUUGUGCCUGGAGAACCCAUCAGGGAAAAGUUUGACAGCAGAGAAGAUGAGAAGCUACUGCAAGCUGCGGAGAAAUUCCAGAGUGAGGCAGCUUUAAAAUUCCCAAACCGGCAGUGCCUGACCACUGUCACAGACAUUAACGGAAGUACAGUUUUCAUCACUCGAUACUUCAAGGCCUUACAACCUCCACAGGAACUUCUAGAUGCCAACCCCAACAAUGUACAAGCAACAUCAGAACUCGUGUCACGUUAUGUAUCCCUUAUACCCUUCCUACCGGACAAUGUGUCAUUCACAGGAAUUUGUAAUUUAUGGAGCACGUCAGAUCAAUUCCUUGACCUCCUGGCGGGAGAUGAAGAAGAACAUGCAGUUCUACUGUGUAAUUAUUUUCUGGCGAUGGGAAAGAAGGCGUGGCUUAUCAUCGGAAAUGCCAUCCCAGAGGGUCCCACUACUUAUGUACUAACACUGGAACAGAACCAAUACAUCAUAUGGAAUCCAAGCAAUGGUUGCUUCUAUGGUCAGUAUGACACAUUCUGUCCACUGCAAAGUGUCGGCUGCCUGGUCAGUGCAGACAAUAUCUGGUUUAAUAUACAGCAAUAUGAUGUUCCGAUGAGCAUAAGUUUUGAUACGGGCCGAUCCAACCAGUGGAAAGCUUUCUUCUCAAGAAGUUAUCCAAAUCCAGGAUUGGCCAGUGUGCAGCCUGAAGAACUAAUAUAUCAGCGCACAGAUAAGGCUGCUGCAUCCGAACUUCAAGACAGGAUUGAGAAACUGCUAAAAGAGAAGAUUAUGGAAUGGAGGCCGAGACAUCCCACUCGCUGGAACAGAUACUGCACAUCUACUCUGAGACACUUCCUGCCAUUACUAGAACAGAACUAUGGCAAAGAUGUGGAGGAGGACCACAGGGCAGAACUGCAGAGACAACUAGGAGAUUACAGGUUUUCCGGCUUCCCGAUCAACAUGGCGUUCUCAGAAGUGACCCCUCUCAUAGAAGCCGUCUACAGCACUGGAGUCCACAACAACAUAGUGCCCAAUGUGGAGUUUGCUCUCGCUGUUUAUGUUCAUCCCUAUCCCAAGAACAUCUACUCUGUCUGGAUAUAUGUCGCCUCUCUGAUUCGAAACAGAUGA